AUGACCCACCCUGAGGAUGAGGGAAACCCUCUGCCUGAGGAUACGGAGGGGCCCCCGCCUGAGGACGCGCGGGGCCCCCGCGUUUCUGUUGCUGAGGACGGGCCCCCCCCUGAUGAUGAGGGGGAAGCUGUCCCUGAGAAUGCGCAGGGGCCCCAGCCUGAGGAUGAGGAGCCUCUGCCCCCCAAUGAGGAUGCCCAGGGGCCCCCGCCUGAGGGGGAACACCCAUCUGAGGGUGAACAGGGGCCCCCAUUUGAGGUUGAUGGGGGGCCCGCAUCUGAGAUCGAGGGGGGGACCCCCCUUGAGGGCGAUGGGGGCUCCCCCCAUGAGGAUGGCUGGCGGCCCCUGUUGGAUGAGGUUGGACCCCCAUCUGAGGAUGAGGGCGGCCCCCCCCCUGAGGAUAGGGAGGGGACCCCCCCUGAGGAAGCGAGGGGCCCCCCGUCUGAUAACCAGGUGGGGGAGGCCUCUGAGGACGUUGGGGGCCCCCCAUCUGAGGAUAAGCCCCCCCAUGAGGGUGAGGCGCGGCCCCCAUUUGAUGAUGAGCGGGGGCCCCCGUUUGAGAAUGAGGAUGAGGGAGAGCCCCCCCUUGAGGAGGGGGGCCCCCCAUCUGAUAACCAGGUGGGGGAGGCCUCUGAGGACGCUGGGAGGCCCCCAUCUGAGAACGAGGGGGUGCCCCCAUCUGAGCAUGAGGAUAAGCCCCCCCUUGAAGAGAAGCCGAGACACCCAUCUGAGGAUGAGGGCGGGCCCCCCCCUGAGGAUAAGGAGGGGACACCCCCUGGGGGAGCGAGGGGCCCCCCGUCUGAUAACCAGGUGGGGGAGGCCUCUGAGGACGUUGGGGGCCCCCCAUCUGUGGAUAAGCCCCCCCAUGAGGGGGAGGGGCCCCCAUCUGAGGGUGACGCGGGGGCCCCAUUUGAUGAGGGCGGGUUCCUUGAUGGGUGGCCCCUACCUGAGAACGAGGGGGGGCCCCCAUCGGAGGAUUUGGCGUGGGUGCCGUAUAAGCAUCGGGGCCCAUUUGAGGGUGAGGCGGGACCCCCCUCUGACCAGGAGGGGGGGCCCCCAUCUGAGGAUGGGGGGGACCUCCCAUCUGAGGACGAGGGGGGCCCAUCUGAGGACGAGGGGGGCCCCCCAUCUGAGGACGAGAGGGGCCCCCCAUCUGAGGAUAAGCUUGGACCCCUGCCUGCAGAGGAGGUGCCCCCCACUCUGCAGCUGGAGGGGCCCCCCACUCUGAAGAUGGAGGGGCCCCCCACUGUGAAGAUUGGGGGACCUCCCAGUCUGGAUAUUGGGGGCCCUCCCAAUUUGAACCUGCAGAGCCCUGCCAGUUUGGAUAUGAAGGGUCCUGCCAUCUUAGAUUUGGAGGGGCCCCCACGUCUGAAGUUGGGGGGCCCGGCAACUCUGGAGCUGGAGGGGCCCCCCACUCUGAAGGUGGUGGGCCCCCCCACUCUGGAUGUGGAGGGGCCCCCGACUGUGCAAAUUGGGUGCCCAGUGGCUUUUGAGCUGUAG